CAUCUCGUCCUCCCUGUUUUCAAGCCCCAGAGUGAAAAAUUACGUAACUCUUCAAGCAUUUUCUCUUUCAGCCCUCAUGUCUCGUCAUAGCCUUGUCCUUCCGUUCGAGUGCCGAAUCGCCUGUGUCCGUUGCAUUCGGCAAACCAUAAACGUCACCGCUUAUCAGCCACGACGUGGCAGACCCGUUCACCGGGACUGCCACGACCAGUCGAUUUUCGCGAGCCACCGGAGACGGAUCGCCCUGGAGCGCGGAAGUCUCAGCAAACAUGUGGACCGAGGAGGGCGUUGAACACUGGAACCCUACCAGCGAGAAUUUCUUGUGGUUACUGUCCUGGUUCAUCGGGACGCUGGGCAAUGCCGACAUCCUUGCCACGUUCAUUCGAAACAGAGACACCACUGACGCUUGUCUCAUCAACCUGAUCGCCGGAAACAUCCUUGCGAUUCUUUGCUUACCAAUCAACUACCUGCAUCAUUUCUACCUUGACUUCGGACUGGGGUUUCCCAUGGAAGACGCCUUCCUGAUGUCACGUAACAUCGCAACGGGCGUACAACUUUUCUCGAUGGUCGUCUACAGCGCGCUAAAGUUUUCCAACGUGAAAUCAUCCGACAAUUACGAAGCGAUCAACAUUCUUCCAGACUUGAUCCCCACGGCACUUUCGACCAGACAUGAGCGCGGUCGAUGCGUUACAGCCACUCGUCAGACGUCUGUAAUAUGGGGGCUGGCUGUACUUUGUUCCCUCCUCACAGCAUUUACAUCAGAAGCGUCGGAUUACAUCUACGUCGAUGAUGUGUUUGUAGACGACAACGCCAAACUUAGAACGAUAUUUCACUGCGUGACAUUUUGCAUAAUCCCGCAGAUUCUCAUCGUAUGUCUGUGUGUACUGACCGCACUUCGAAGGCGUGACGUCGCUGACAAGACGGAAGAUGACGGCGAACUUAUGUUCUGGCUGACCUGUGCCAUCCUGAUCAACUACGUCCCCUUUAACACCUGGAUCCUGUGUUCCUGGUCACAAGGAAGACUCCUCACAGUGGCAGCCGUCGAUUUCUUAACAUACUUUCCACUGUACUCCACUGCCUGUUGGACUCCUCCCGUCGUAUACUUUUUCAAGAAAGCUCCAAAGAAGCAGUUGGCCGCCGUGUGACAUUUAGGCCUCUCUCCUCGUUGGGUGCCCAGAAUUUAUUAAAUCGCUUCUGAGAAUAAACCAAUGGCUGCACGGGACCUGUGAUGUUUCAGCUUAUGUACAUAUGGCGGCAGUACGUUCUUCCGAAACGUCCGUAUCCACGUCGACAUAGUGACUGGGAAUUUCUGUUAGCGUGAAUUAUUACCACUGUGAUGAUUCUGUAAUCCAGAUUCUUUCAAUUCACAUCACAACCAUCGUUGACUCCAUGUUUUGUUUUCAUUUCCCCAGCUGACAUGAUGUCCUCAACAUUUUCCUUGCUGCAAACGAAAGAUAGGUUUCCGAUGUCAGUAUUUUCCACCCUGAAAUACUUUGGCCUUACGAGCAUAUCGGCUGAACAAAAAUUUGAAGUUACAGUGCAGUCACGUGUUUUGUGAUUUUGUUAACAAUGCGAAAGCCGUCGAUGUUUUCCUUCGGAGUGUGGACUUGUAGGCCGAGUACACACAGCCUCCAGCCCUCAACUUGAACGAUGUUCUUUCUGAAACGCUGGUGCCUAACCACAAGACAAUGGUUAAAACUGCCCGAUAUCAAAUUCCACCCCCACACACAGCGUCCAUUUUAAUUACGUCAUGAAACAAUCGUGGUACAGAACGGUCUCCGUGAUAUACUCCGUUUCCAUGGGAAAUAAGUUAGGCCUAGUAGCAUCAUAUUUGUCUCCAUGGUUACGUUAUCCAGACUGAAUAAUUUCCCCUUUGGACGUAACCAGUCUGAAACCUUAGGAGUGUACUUAGUAAGGAUCACCACUCUACAGUGGGGAAAUGCUAUAUUUUACGGGGUCUGGUUUCUCGUACGUGAAUGAAUGUUAGAUUAAGUUGCUGAUAGCAAAUUUAAGCUUCAUCCUCAACUCUUGCUGCUAGUAAACUGUGUCAGUACAAUGAGUUUAUUAACAAUAUGGACAAAGAACGGCAUUGAAAUCCUUGAACCAGAAGAAUUAAAUAAGAACAGUACAGGCUCUUA